UGUGACCUACGCCGGGAGCAGCAGCAGUGGAUUAAAUUUGGACUGUUUGAACAGUGAGGAGAUAUUUCACUAUAGUGCAAAAGAAGAUACAGAAGAGAGCAGAAUGAGAGCUUCCCAAGUACCACAUGCCUGCAGCCUGUUGUCUUUAGUGAUGCUGUUCCUUCCAGUCACUGGAACAUCAAAACAAAAUAUCCCGAGACUCAAGCUUUCCUAUAAAGACUUGCUGCUUUCAAACAGCUGCAUCCCAUUCCUGGGCUCAGCAGAGGGGCUUGAUUUCCGAACGCUGCUGCUAGAUGAGGAGAGAGGCCGUCUACUAAUCGGGGCUAAAGACCACAUUUUCCAGCUCAACUUGGUUGAUUUAAACAAAAAUGUAAAAAAGAUUUACUGGCCUGCAACAAAAGAAAAGGUAGAAUUAUGCAAAUUAGCUGGGAAAGAUGCCCAUACAGAAUGUGCUAAUUUUAUCAGAGUUCUUCAGCCCUACAACCGAACCCAUGUUUAUGUCUGUGGCACAGGAGCAUUUCACCCUCUCUGUGGAUACAUUGAACUUGGAACUCACAAAGAGGAAAUGGUAUUCCGGCUGGACACUCAGAACUUGGAGUCUGGCAGGUUGAAAUGUCCUUUUGAUCCUCAGCAGCCCUUUGCUUCAGUGAUGGCAGAUGAGUUUCUUUAUGCUGGAACAGCUUCUGAUUUCCUUGGCAAAGACACUGCUCUAACACGUUCCCUGGGCCCUUCUCAUGACCACCAUUACAUCAGAACUGACAUUUCUGAACAUUACUGGCUUACUGGUGCAAAAUUCAUUGGAACUUUUCCCAUCCCGGACACCUAUAACCCAGAUGAUGACAAAAUCUACUUCUUUUUCCGUGAAAUGUCACAAGAUAGUGGCACAUCUGACAAGACAAUCCUUUCCCGAGUUGGAAGAGUUUGUAAGAAUGAUAUGGGAGGACAAAGGAGCCUAAUAAACAAGUGGACUACUUUUCUGAAAGCCAGACUUGUAUGUUCGAUACCUGGUCCUGAGGGAACAGACACACACUUUGAUGAGCUGCAAGACAUAUUCUUGCUUUCUACAAGAGAUGAGAGAAACCCACUUGUAUACGGAGUCUUCACUACAACAAGCUCUGUCUUCAAGGGCUCUGCAGUUUGUGUGUACAGUAUGGCAGACAUCAGAGCUGUUUUCAAUGGUCCUUAUGCUCACAAGGAGAGUGUGGAUCACCGGUGGGUGCAAUAUGAAGGUCGCAUCCCGUAUCCCAGACCUGGUACAUGUCCAAGCAAAACCUAUGAUCCACUCAUAAAGUCUACCAGAGACUUUCCUGAUGAAGUCAUUAGCUUUAUCAAACGCCAUCCACUGAUGUACAAAUCCGUUUACCCGGUGACGGGAGAACCAGUGUUCACUCAAAUCAACGUGGACUAUCGUUUGACUCAGAUUGUGGUGGAUCAUGUCAUGGCUGAGGAUGGGCAAUAUGAUGUUAUUUUCCUGGGAACAGACAUAGGCACAGUUAAAAAAGUCGUGAGUAUUACAAAGGAGAAGUGGACUAAGGAGGAGGUGGUCCUGGAAGAGCUGCAGAUAUUCAAGCACCCUUCGGUUAUCUUGACCAUGGAGAUUUCUCAGAAGCAGCAACAAUUGUACAUUGGUUCCAGGGAUGGAUUGGUUCAGCUCUCUCUGCACAGAUGUCACACGUAUGGGAAGGCUUGCGCAGACUGCUGCCUUGCCAGAGACCCAUACUGUGCCUGGGAUGGAAACUCAUGUUCCAGAUAUACCCCCACUUCUAAAAGGCGAGCUAGAAGGCAAGAUGUCAAAUAUGGAGACCCUGUUGCACAAUGCUGGGAUGUGGAAGACAGCAUUAGUCAUGAAACUGCUGAUGAAAAGGUGAUUUUUGGCAUUGAAUUUAAUUCAACUUUUCUGGAAUGUAUUCCUAAGUCCCAGCAAGCCUCUAUUAGGUGGUAUAUUCAGCGCUCUGGAGAAGAACAUCGAGAAGAGCUGAAGGCUGAUGAAAGAAUCAUCAAAACAGAGCAUGGGCUGCUGAUCCGCAGCUUGCAAAGAAGGGAUGCAGGAGCCUAUUUCUGCAAAGCCCAGGAGCACACUUUUGUCCAUACCAUUGUGAAGCUGAAUUUAAACGUCAUUGAGAACGGGCAAAUGGAAAUCACUCAGAAAACUGAGGAUGAGGAGGGCCGGAUUAGGGAUUUGCUGACAGAGUCCCGGCUGAGGUACAAGGACUACAUCCAGCUCGUCAGCAGCCCCAGCUUUAGCCUGGAUGAGUACUGUGAACAGAUGUGGCACCGGGAGAAGCGGCGGCAGCGGAACAAAGGUGGUGCCAAAUGGAAACAUGUGCAGGAGAUGAAAAAAAAGCGAAACCGAAGACACCAUGAGCCAGCCAGGCCACCAUCUACGUAGUUUGUAAAUGCUAUUUAAAGAAAAGACAUUUUCCUCAAAAACAAAACAAAACAAACAAACA